AUGGAGAGGCAGGGCCGUCUUGGGGACUCGGCACUGUAUGACUUUGUCAGUGAUAUAAACCUCAUGGAGAUUCACCCAAAGUCCACUUCGGGUUCAAAACAGCUCAUGGACAGCUUUCUCCCAGUCACUGGCUACCGGGGCCGGUACUACAACCUCUCCUAUGUUAACGGGAGCCACCGGGAAACAGGUACAAGCGAGGGGGAACAAACCGGACACGGACAUCCCCUGCAUGAGAUGGCCACAGGGAGCACAUCUGCCUACACCUAUUACAGCCCAGGCUCUUUCUCACACACAUCUCACACACACACCUCAGACACACACACCGGGCGGUCGAAGCGGAGGCGUGUGAUCAAUGUGGGCCAGCGUCAGGCGGCGAACGUCCGGGAGAGGAAGAGGAUGUUCAGUCUCAACGAGGCAUUUGACGAGCUGCGGAGAAAAGUGCCGACCUUUGCUUACGAGAAGAGGCUGUCACGCAUCGAGACGCUCCGCCUCGCCAUCGUUUACAUCUCAUUCAUGACGGACCUGUUAGAGAACAUCUGACCUGAUCAGGAUCACAUAGAUCCAUCAGGGUUAUCAGAGCCAGGUCGAUUAAUCAGACUGGUUAGUUUGAUUGAUGCUUCACCUCGGCAUCGUUUACAACCCCUUCAUGACAGACCUGUCAGAGAACACCUGACCUGAU